UUGUUUUCUUUUCUAAGGAAACUUUUUAAGAAACGUGUACGAAUCAUUGCCUGUGCAGCUCAGGGUGAUUUUAAUUCUAUUGUGAAAAAAAUUCAGUGUUCUUCAUGAGCAUAUGCAGUCAAUGCCUUGUUCUCUGCAAAGUCACCGACACUCUCCCCUCUCUUCUACCCUCUUGGCCCCAGCUGCUCCUCUGGCUUCUGGGGUCUCUCCUGAUGUUCCCAUGGACCAAACACAAAGAAGAAUCCUGGGCCAGCCCCUGCCGAUCCCCACCACCCAGCCUAAGAAGAAAAGGACAUCAAUGGUGUCUUUCUUUUCCAAGAUCUCUUGGACAGUGAGUCUCCAGAAGCAGGAGCCUCCGAAGAACGUGUUUUUCAUCUUGGCAGAAAGAGCCCAGGACCCCAAUGCUAAAAAGCGUCACAUGGCAAUGAGAGGCCUGGGAGCAAUGGCCUCUGAGACCCCUGACAAGGUGAAAAAAUAUAAGAAAAUUGUCCUAGACCUACUGGUGCAUGGCCUGUAUGACCCUGUGAGUGCUGACGUCAUCCACGAGAGCAUGAAGACUCUGACCAUCAUCCUGGGCAAGAUCCAGGGGAAAAGUUUGGGCUCCUUCUUCAUAGACAUCACUCUCCAGGCCAGGACUUUACUAGAUGAUGAGAAUGACAACCUGAGAUAUUCAGCCUUUGUCCUGUUUGGACAAUUGGCAGACUUUGUUGGGCGGAAAUGGAAGAAAUUUUUCACCAGUCAGGUUAAGCAGACUCAAGAUUCCCUCCUGACACAUUUACAGGACAGAAAUCCCCAGGUGGCCAAGGCUUGCAAAACAACAUUUCGAGCCUGUUCUCCAUAUCUGAAAGAAAGAAAGGAACACAGCUUCCAGAGUGAAGCAGAUCAAAGGAACCCUAAACUCUGCCGGCAGCUGCCAGCUGCCAUGUAAGAAGUCAGAUUACCAGAAACAAAGAAGAAUGUCUGAGACCACCAUUUUGGAAGGAAAACCAAGCUAACCACAUGCAAUGCCUUGUGGAGGAGAGCUGAGGAACUCAACCUACAAUGAAGUAUGAGGUCCAGAUGUACGAUACAAGUUGGCCAUUCCAGCCAGACCUCAGUUGUUCAAGCUACCCCAGCUGACACCCCAUGGCAAAGAGAUGAGCUAUCUCCAUGAAGCCCAUCCAAAAUUGCAGAAUCGUAAGCAGGUUAAUCAAAUCAAAUCAUUGUUGUUUUAAAUCACUAAUUUUUGGGAUAGUUUAUUACUCAGCAAUAAGUAACGAAAAAAGAUUCCUUAUCAUUAAUUUGUCUUUUGGCCAGUUUCAUUUUGCUCUUAAUAAGUCCACUUUGGGUUUGAACUACAUUUCUAGAAGGUUAUCAUGGAGCUCUGUGGUGAGAGCAGGGAUACCUUGCUUUUGUACCGCAAGCCAUGCCUUGUUUUCCUUUUUGUAUCGCAUCGAAUGUAUCACAGCACCUAGCACGUAGCAGAUGAUCAAGAAAUAUUUGCUGAAUGACUAAAUAGUUCCAAAUUGUAGUAGGAAUAGAGUCCAAACUAGUUUGCUAUUCCGGGCUCUCAGCCAUGGGUUCACACUCUUCCUUUCCAGCUUUUUCUUCUGUUACUUUUUUCCUUUAGCCAAAUUUGGCUCCUCUCUCUUCCGUAAACACUUCUUAGUCUCUUAUACUCCUUUGCCUUUGCUCAGUCUGUUCCUUUUGCUUUGAAUUUCCUCCCUUGCCUAGCCAUGCAUACACACACACACACACACACACACACACACACUUCAUAUGUAUAACUUAUGCCUGCUCGAAGACUGAUCAAUGCCUGAUCCCCUCAAUCAGAUGCGAGUUCAGCUCACAUCUCUGAACUCCCAGAACAUUCUAACAAUCUUAGGCCACUUAACAUUUAUCUUAACAUUUAUCUCAUUUGCAAGGUUUUACCUACCUGCCUUUUUUCCUCCCGUUAGAUUGAAGCUGCUGAAGGAAGGAUCCUAUCUUGUAUAGCUUUGUAACUGUCACAUGACUUCAAAGGUACUCAGGAGGUGCCCAGUAAAUAAAUGUUGUUUGGGGAGAAAAAAGUCAGAAAGUCAUCCGAAGCUACUACUCCUUCAGAGAAGCCCAUCUUGACAAAUGAGGGCUGUCAUUUCUCUCCUCAUAACCAGACUGCAGGUUACCUUUAUGCUCAUGUCCUUAAAGUAUCCCUUUUGCCAUAAGAUGCCUAUUAAUUUGCCAGUCUAGAGGUAAUGCUUUUGCAUUUCUUAUUUUUCAACACUAGAUAAAGAACAGUGAGUGAAUUAAAGAAAGAAAAGGAAUAUUCUCUUGCUAUCAUGCUAAGGGCUCAGGGUAGAGGUAUGCAUGAAACUUGGUCCCUGCUUUCAGGUUGUUUACAACAUGGGUCUUUCUUAAAGGGACAGAGAAGGGAGAGGAAGGACAAGGAAGUUGGGAAUCUCACAGGUGAUCGGUACUCAGUGUCAACAGAAUCCAGUGGAAUGCCAGUCCAUAGAGUAAUGAAUGCUUCAAAUACUAUAAAAAACACAAGCGUGUGUUUUAUAAAGAGAGGAACAGCAGCUGUGUAGGACAGCUAGCAGAUAGUGCUAGAAAUAAGGCAGAUACAUAUCUCUGCUUUUCUGUGUUUUCCAAGCUUUCUGCAAUAAGCCAUGUAUUACUUUUGUAAUCAUAGAACACAUGCAAAAAUGUUGUUUAAAAUAAAAAUUA